UCUUGAAAGGAAUUUUGGUUUCCUAAAAUUUGGCAACAGUGUUUCUAGGUUUUCGAGGCGUCGAGACAUUUAAUUCAGGCGCUUAACUUGUUGUCGUUUAUCUAGAUUUUGACAUAAGUGGAUGAAACAUACAAAUUUAUUGUUAGCAGUUAAAAAAAAAAAAAGAGUGAAAAGUAUCAUGUAAUUCCCUAAAUAGAAUUUAGAAUUUCCAUUUCCUCUUCACAUUCUAAAUUCUUUUGCAGUAACUGGACGUCUCUCCGAAAAAAGUAAUGGUUACAGAUAUUUACAUGAAAAAUAAAAAAGAUAAGGGGCAUUUGCAUUUGAAAGGGAAAGUUGCAUUGUUGUUCAAGAAGUUGUCAUCUUUAAAAUCCGUUCUGGGGAUUGGAAGAUCAACAUUAACAAUGCCUGAAGAAGUCCGAGAAUUUCAUAUUGCUGUGAUGCGAAAUGAUAUUGCAAAAGUACAGGAGCUUGUAGAUGCUGGAAUUGAUGUUAACUAUCCCUGGAUGAAUGCAGAAUCUCCAAGUAUUAAAGAUGGUAGUACUCCACUAUGUGAAGCUGUAUCCUUGAACCAUCACUCAAUUGUGCAGAAAUUGAUCGAUUCAGGAGCAAUUGUUAACAAGCCAGACUAUUUUGGUUGCACUCCUCUUCACAAAUCCUCUUACCAUGGAAGAGCUACUCUCACUGCAGUUCUAAUUAAUGCAGGUGCAGAAGUAAAACUUUAUGAUCACAACUUGAAUACUCCUCUUCAAGUAUGUACUCAGAGUUCAGUUGUUCAUAAUAAUGUUGAUACAGCGCGGGUUUUGAUAGAAGCAGGAGCAGAUGUGAAUGCACCUAAUCGUUUUGGAAAAAUAGCUCUUCAUUAUGCGGCAAUUUGGGGCUUAGGAGAAAUGACUGAUGUUUUGAUAAAGGCAAACUCUUCUAUAGAUUAUAUUGAUUUGAAAAGAAAAACUCCUUUGUAUUGCUGUAUUCGGUCAAUUAACGUAUUUGACCGAGAACAAGAAUUGUUUGAGCAGUAUCUUCCAUCAGCUAAAGGAAAUUCGUCUAUGAAUCAAGCCGAUUUAAAAAUGGGAUUUCCAAUGUAUUGCUGUAUAAGGCAAGUUUCUGGAAUUGAUCGGGAGCAGGAAUUAUUUCAACAGCGUCUGCCUGCUAUCAAGGUGUUGAUAAUGUCUGGAUGUGACCCUUUGAAUUUAGCGACAUGGCUUUAUAAACACAGUAUUUUAUCUGAAAUGUUUCACAUGGAUGAAGAAUUUUACUCAUGGUACUCUUCAUCUCGGCCAGAAAGUCUCAAGCACCUUUGCCGUGAAGCAGUUCAAAGACAUUUUAAUGAUGAUACCAUUAAAAAUGUAAAACUCCUACCUUUACCUACAACUAUAAUUGAAUAUUUAAUGAGAAGACUUCUGUAAAAUUUAAGAUACUGAGUAGUGUACUUGUUAGGGAUUUUUUUUUCACUUUUGAAGUGUACAAAAGCAUAUUCAAAAUUUGAAUAGUAUUUUACUUAAGUUACAGAAAAAUUAGUUUGAAAAAUUUUUUGUUUUCGUAUGUAAUUACUCAUUAUUUUAAAAAUGAAGUAUUUAAAUUUCA